CGUGUGUGUGUGUGUGUAUAUUUUCUCUUUCCAUUUCUAUCUAUUUCUCUCUCUAAAAUGGAGAACUGAACUGAGAAGAAUUUGAUCCCCUUCUUUCCUAUUCAUGCUAGCUUUCAACUUCCUAACCUAAAAAACCAGAACAGUGAAAAUUUCAACGCAUUCAAAUUCAUUGAACCUGGACACAGUUUCUUAUAUAUAUACUUCUGGGAUCCUAUUUUUUAGUUGUCCAGGUCGUGCAAGAUAAGAUUAUCUAUCAAGAUGAUGCAGUGAGGCAGUUGGGUUGUCAUCCAUGCAAAGCCUUUCAUUGACCUGAUUAAAAUAUUAGGGUUUCAUCAAAAGGUGAUAUUGGGCCAAAAUGACUAGCAACCGUGUUACAAACACGGAAGACAUAACUAGUGCUGCUUCUUCUCGUCGCCAUGCUGAGAACUUGCCAUAUGUUCACAAGGUGGGAGUUCCUCCCAAGCAGAGUCUGUUAAAGGAGAUUACAUAUACUUUGAAGGAGACAUUCUUGCAUGAUGAUCCAUUACGCCCGUUUAAAGACCAAUCGAGAACGCGAAAGUUGAAGCUUGGCAUUCAAGCCAUUUUUCCUAUAUUGGAUUGGGGAAGACAUUAUAAUCUCUCCAAGUUUAAAGGUGAUCUGAUCGCUGGACUUACCAUUGCAAGUCUGUGUAUUCCUCAGGAUAUUGGAUAUUCAAACCUUGCAAAUUUGGAUCCCCAGUUCGGGCUGUAUAGUAGUUUUGUUCCACCCUUGAUAUACGCCUUCAUGGGUAGUUCAAGAGAUAUUGCCAUUGGACCAGUAGCCGUGGUGUCUCUAUUGCUCGGGAGCAUGCUUCAAGAUGAGAUCGACCCCAAGAACAAAAUAGAAUAUCAGCGCCUUGCAUUUACAGCCACAUUUUUUGCUGGAGUUACUCAGUUUGUACUUGGUUUUUUCAGAUUGGGAUUCUUGAUUGACUUUCUUUCUCAUGCUGCCAUCGUUGGAUUUAUGGCUGGAGCAUCAAUCACUAUCAGCCUUCAACAGCUCAAAGGCCUACUGGGGAUAAAGAAAUUCACAAAGAAAACUGAUAUAGUUUCAGUGAUGCGUUCUGUGUUUUCUGUUGUACAUCAUGGGUGGAACUGGCAGACUAUCGUAAUAGGAGUCAUUUUCUUAGCUUUCCUUCUCCUUGCCAAGUACAUUGGCAAAAAGAACAAGAAAUUGUUCUGGAUUCCAGCAAUUGCUCCAUUGGUCUCAGUCAUCAUUUCGACCUUCUUCGUCUAUAUCACUCGUGCUGAUAAAAAGGGUGUCAAGAUUGUGAAUGAAAUUGAUCGAGGCAUCAACCCUUCUUCUGUGAAUCAAAUUUAUUUCACUGGUGACUAUCUAGCAAAAGGUUUCAGGAUUGGGGCCGUGGCAGGCAUGGUUGCGUUGACAGAAGCUGUAGCGAUUGGUCGGACAUUUGCAGCCUUGAAGGACUAUAAUCUAGAUGGAAACAAAGAAAUGGUAGCACUAGGGACGAUGAAUGUGAUUGGCUCAAUGACAUCUUGUUAUGUGGCUACAGGGUCGUUCUCGCGUUCUGCUGUAAACUACAUGGCCGGAUGCAACACAGCUGUGUCAAACAUCAUCAUGUCUUGCGUUGUACUACUAACUCUAGAAGUCAUCACCCCAUUGUUCAAAUACACACCAAACGCCAUAUUGGCUUCCAUCAUUAUAUCAGCUGUGGUGGGCUUAGUCGACAUAGAUGCGAUGAUUCUUAUAUGGAAGAUUGAUAAAUUUGAUUUCGUUGCUUGCAUGGGAGCCUUCUUUGGUGUGGUUUUCAGCUCAGUGGAAAUAGGCCUUCUGAUCGCGGUGGCUAUAUCUUUCGCGAAGAUUCUCUUGCAAGUGACAAGACCAAGAACAGCAGUACUAGGUAAAAUUCCUAGGACUAGUGUUUAUAGGAACAUUCAACAAUAUCCAGAAGCAAUAAAGGUUCCUGGUGUUCUGAUUGUUCGAGUUGAUUCUGCAAUCUACUUCUCCAACUCAAAUUACAUCAGGGAAAGGAUCUUGAGAUGGCUAACUGAUGAAGAAGAACAGCUGAAAGAAAAUAACCUACCAAGAAUCCAAUAUGUGAUUGUCGAAAUGUCUCCUGUAACUGAUAUAGAUACCAGUGGCAUUCAUGCCAUGGAAGAUCUAUACAAGAGUCUACAGAAGAGAGAUAUACAGCUCGUUCUAGCAAACCCAGGGCAAGUUGUGCUUGACAAGCUCCAUGCAUCGGAUUUUGCGAACGUGAUUGGAGACGACAAAAUCUUCCUCACUGUCGCAGAUGCCAUUACAACUUUGGCUCCCAAGAUGGAGCCUUGACUUUAUUUCUAAAAUUACAUGUGUGAAUUUGCAUUCCAAGGAGGAAUCCAUGCGAGUUGAGAGACGGUGAAAUAUCGAACUCAUGAACAAAAGUGUAAAGUUGGCCUAUAUGUUGAGAAACUUGGACAUGUAAAAUAAUGCGUUUUAUUUUCUUGUUAAAUCUCUUACUACAUGGUUCGUUUUGUUAAACAAAUCAACAUAUUUCUCUGA